AUGCCAUGCGAUGAGUUUGACGAGUAUGAGAGAGUUUCUCAUCCUUCUACGGCUAUGGAAUCGUGGAAGUCGUUUUACGACAAUCAAGAAAUGGUUGAUGUCACUGUAGUUGUCGGCAGUAACAAGAUGGAAAUCAAAGCUCACAAGCUCGUGCUGUGCGCAUACAGUGACGUCCUAAAGAAAAUGUUGACUAGUCCAAUGAAAGAAGCUCAAGAUAAUACAAUGGAGUUUCCUCAAGUCGACGAAACAGUAUUCAGAGCACUUCUUGAGAUUUUCUACACAGGAACCGCUCCAGUCGACAAAUCCUAUAGAUGUCAAUUCAUAGAACUUUGUGAUUAUGUCCACGUUCCAAAUCUUAAAACACAUUGUUGCACAUGGUUGCAUGAAAAUCUGGUAGCUGAAGAUGCAUGUGAAUAUCUUAUGUUUUCAAAGAAGUCGUCAGCUGAUGAGCAGCUCUACGAGAAUUGUUUCCAAUGGAUCGAAGAUCACGCCGCUGAAGUUCUCAAUACAGAUGGUUUUGAAAUGUACCUGACGGCAGAAGAAGUAAAAAAUUAG